UAGGGGAGCAUAUUUUAUAUAGGCUUAACGAUCAUAUUUAUAUUAUCCAAUAAUAAAACACUUUUUACUUUUUAUUUAAUUCUGAUGUAAUUUGUUCAAAAGUAGUUUUUUCUUAUAUUUUACAUGUUAAUGGCACUGUAGUUUUUAAAUGUAAUGCACGGUAAUUUGAGUUUGAAACACGGUAUUUUUUAUUUAGCAGCACGGUAGUUUGUAUAUUGGAUCUGGUAGCACUGGUGUGAACUGUGAAUGUAACGUGGACUUCAUUAAAAACCGAUAUUCUUAAUUAAAAACCGGUGUUUAUUGGUAUCUCUAAAAACCGGUUUUUCUUUGGACCGGCUUACAUCCCUACUAGACAGACAGCAAGCAUGGAUUUGAUUAGUUUGAUCUUGUUUAUUUGUUACAGAAUUUUAAUUUAAAAAUAAAAAUCUAUGUACAGAUAUUAGUGGAAUUAAAGAGAUAUUCGUUUAUGUGUGUUAUCGUAAAUUUAUAUACAAAAUAGGGUUUAUUUUUAUUAAAAAUUUUAGGAAAUGUUCAUGAAUUAGUGAUAUCUAUUUACAAUCGUAUUAACUGAAAUUAUUUUAUGAAAAUGAACCUCGACCCAAAAGAAAAUUCAGACCUACUUCAAGAAAGGAGCAAGGUAGAUACUAACGGUAAUGCUAAUCAGGAAGAAGUCCGAGAGCCUCCUGAUGGUGGUUUCCGAGCUUACGCGGUUGUUCUCGCAUCAUUUUUUACCAACGGACUGCUUUUUGGGGUAAUAAAUUCCUGCAGUGUUGUAUAUCCCGUUCUCGAGAUAAUAUUAAAAGAACAGGGAGCCACAAAUGAAGAGAGCCGUGCUGCUCUGGUUGGUGCCUUGACUAUGGGUAUGACGUUUUUGUUGUCGCCUUUGUCUGGAGUGCUGACAGGAAUAGUGGGAAUACGCUUGACGGCUGUAUUAGGCGGAACCAUCGCCGCACUUUGUUUAAUUGUAUCUUCGUUCGUUGUUGACAACAUCAAUGCUCUCUAUUUUACAUAUAGUAUUAUGUAUGGUCUGGGAGCAUCUUUUGCUUAUACCCCGUCUCUAGCAAUAUUGGGACACUAUUUCAAAAAACACUUGGGCUUAGUUAACGGUCUUGUAACAGUAGGAAGCUCUGUUUUCACUGCGUUCAUACCUUCCCUCAUGGAGUAUAUGCUGAAUAAUUACGGUUUGCACUGGUUGUUUCGGUUCUUAGGUCUUUUGACAUUCGGCGUUGCUCUUUGCGGCUUGCUGUUUAAGCCCUUAAUGAAUAUUCCAAAACCUUCGAGAAGAGAUGGAAAUCUCAAAUCCUUUUUAACGAAAAUAAUCAAUAUACAAAUUUGGAAAAACAGAAAGUAUAGAUUUUGGGCAUUAUCGAUGCCUGUAGCUUUGUUUGGCUAUUUUGUGAGUUACGUUCACAUUAAAAAGUUUAUGAAUAAUAAUUUUCCCGGUGCUAAUUACAAUGUGCCUUUACAGUGCAUAGCGAUAACAUCUGGUAUGGGUAGAUUAUUGUUUGGAGUUUUAGCUGAUAAACCAGGUAUAAACAAAAUUUUGUUGCAACAAAUUUCUUUUUAUGUAAUAGGAAUUCUGACAAUAGCUUUGCCAUUUGUUAGAUCUUUCUCCAUGGUAGUGGUCAUUUCACUUGGAAUGGGUAUAUUUGAUGGAGCGUUCAUCGCCCUCAUAGGGCCAAUCGCUAUUCAGUUAUGUGGUAGAGCAUACGCAGCUCAAGCAAUAGGUUGCAUGUUAGGGAUGUCUGCAAUGCCACUUUCCGCGGGUCCACCGAUCGCUGCUUAUAUACAUCGAUUAAGUGGAUCUUAUACGUUACCUUUCGUUUUGGCGGGAAUAUCGCCUAUUGUUGGGGCAACUUUAAUGUUUUCCGUACAUUUCCAACGGCAAAAUGGAGAGACUGAAAUUGUUACUAAUGGCCACGCUCCUUCAGAUGUUGAAAAAUCGAUACCGCUGCUAGUUUCAAAUGGGAAUGCUAAACAACAGACAGCUUUAUAACAACUAGAGUACAUUUGCGGCCGUUGUUUUAUGAGCAAGAAAUUUCUGUUUUAUACCACAUUUUUCAUGUAUGCAAUUUACCUUGUAAGUAACAUGAAACUGUUCAUUUACUUGGCAUUAUGGGUGUAAUUUAUUCCGUACAUGUCUAUUUCUGCAUUUAAAUGCAUUGUUUUUAGUUACCAUUUAAAGUUCCUAGUUUAUUAUGUUUAGUUUUAUUUAUAUAGUUUUUAAUUAUAUUUUUAAUACCGUGUUACCAUGUUAUUAUUUUGAAAAAUUAAAUAUUUUCAAUGGAUAUAUUGCAAACUGAAAUUUUAUUUGAAUAAGUAUAUUAAGUGUUGAAACGAGACGCUGUAAUAAAUUUAUUUCGGACAGUACCACAAUUGUACCUACAGUAAAACAGUUCAAACUAGAGUUAAAAUAUUUUAGAUUGUUUUUUUAAUAGUGACUUCUUUCGGAUUUUCUCCACAAUGUUGGUUAUUACGGAUUAGGGUCUAUAAUUAUAAUAAUAUUCUCAUAGUGCAUAAUGUGUAUACAGGUUACCCUCCUAUAAAGCGGUAGAUACGUUCCUACAAAAUCCUGUGUUGUGCGAAGCCGUCUUAUAUGAGAUUAGAAGCCAGCACAAAAAAGAGAGUAAUUUUUCUGAAUGAAACAUCAUAUAAAUCAUCAUGUAAAUUUUCGGAUAUUCCCAUAUAUUGUGUGUUCAUAGUGCUUAAUGUAAUUUUUUAAAUAAUUUUAAA